AUGCACGGAGCAUGGUCGUUGCUCGGCAGUCGGCUCGGGGUUUGCAUGGUGCGCCUCGGCGUUGUCCGCCACAUCCUGGAGGCCCGCCUCCCGAAUGUCGGCACCCAGGGGACCGAGACCCAGACAGACCCGCCCCGUUUUUUCGGGACACCGGGCCCUCGACCCGCGUUUCCGCGGGUCGAGGCCCCUACGACCACCAGCGAGGAGACCCCGUUGAGGCCUCGUCGGCGGUGCCGCUCAGGGGACGUCCUGCGCCGGGGUUCGAUGGCCCGACGCAGCCCAGCGACCGUCGUCCGGGCCCGCCUGCCUUCGCGGCUCCUGAGCCUGCGGAGCACCGGGUCGCCCUUCACGCCCGCCCGAGGGGGGGGGAGCGUGCCGGCCCGUCGGGAGGGACUGAGAGGCCUCCCCCGCUCCGCGGAGGCCCGCGCCACGGGGAUGCUGAGGCAGGGCUCCAGUUUGGUGGAGACCCGCAUGAGGCUCAAAGGCUUCCUCCCUUCGCGACAGGACCCAGGACGCCUCGAUACCCCGAGGGAGGCCGCGGCGGAGAACCUGCCGAUUACCUGCCGGCGGGGGACGGCCCCCCUGGGGGCCUCGGGGGGGGCAUCCAGCCCAUCCGCCUCACGCACCGCAGGGCUCGCCGCGCGCCGGAACUCUCGGGGAGACAUCCGUGUGGUCGGAAGCCCCAGCGGGGCUUUUCCCCAAGAGGGCUCGGGCCAUUUCGAUCUGCCGCCGCGGGGGCCCGCUCCCGACCCCGUCGGCCGCACGCCCGUACACAGACGACAUGACCCGUUCGCGCGCGGCAUGCCUGCGGACAAGCGAUUCGAAGGCGCUGAGAACCGCCUCGAGCCUGCCGCUGCUGUGCCGCCUCCAGUCAACCGCAGAGACCUCUCAAAAAACGAUCGGCGAGAUACCGCGCAGCGUCACGGGGCUCCUCCGCUGGAGCCCUAUAAUGGAGGCCUGGGGAGUCGAGGCCCCCCUCGCGACGAGAGCCAGACUGGGUAUACCGGUUACUCCGAUCGGCGGCCUUCGCCAGACGGGUGGGGUGAGAGGGAGACGACGGCUGCCAGGCUGGUCUCGAACAGAGAGACGGCCGCUUUUGGGCGCGUGGGGGAAGUCUCGCGGACUGAGCAGGGAGAGAGGCACGCGCGUCCCUCGGGCGGAAAUCGUAGAUAUGAUCGUUCCUGCGCAGGCCCGGCGCCGCGAGCGCCAUGCAAUGUGCGCACAGCGCCCUGUCAUCAAGGCUGGGACGCGGGUCACACUCCGCCACGGGGCGAUAUGCCGCCUGCAUGCUCCAGAUCUGCGCUGCAUGCGGCAAGCACGUACCUGCCUGCCGGCGACCUGACGGCGCCGGGCGCCCGGAGACCAGGCAGGCCCCCUAGCGAGGGUCGGGACGCGUUUCGAGAGUCUCCUUUCGGAGACCCGGGGCAGCGCCCUGGGCCAGAUCACGAGAGCUCGUCUGGCCAUCGCCGCGGACCCGCUUUGCCCCCCCUGAGCGUGGAGCUCCGCGCGAGGCCGGGAGAGGAGCGUUUUUCCGGUUUGCGCGAGACAUACGUGGCUCCUCCCCCGCAGCCGGUAGGAGGCCCCGAGCAACAGGGCCGGGUCACGCCGCGGCGCGACGGGUUCUCGUAUCACGAGGAGAGCGAGCGCGACAGAGCUGCGGGGGAGUUCGCGUCGUCUCGGGCGCGGCGCGAGAUCGACGGCCUGAGAAACUGGAACGACACCUCCCAGAAAGCGCACUUGCGGGCAAGAGAUGCCCCCUACGAGGAUUCCCGUCGGGAUCACUCGGAACCGCCCCAUAAUGUUUGCAGCAGCCGCGGCUCGUCCCGUUAUGAACGGGACGCCGGCCCUGCGGGGGCAAGAGAUGCCAGAGGAGACAUGGACGUGUCCUACGGGGCGCGCGCGCUCAACAAAGGCGCAGGUUGCCACGAGAGAGAGUUCGCACAGCCGCAGCUCAAGUCGGGGGCGUUCAGUCCAGACUCGGACUUCCGCGCGCGAGAGAGCGCGGGCCCCAUCUCUGAAGCGUUCGUUUCCGGAGGCGCCCCGUAUGCGUCAAGCCGCAACGGGGCGGACAGCAGACCCCCGGCUGCAACGCUGACGCUGACCGAGAGGCCCGGCGCCCGGGCCGCGAACUCGGGCAGGGGGACACCUGAAGACGCCCGCGACGCCGCAGGACCGGCGUCGCCUGCGCAGUCGGCGGACGCCAGCGCGGCGUCCGGCGCGCCACAGGCGAGUGUCGCUCUCAAUCCGCUCUUGCCGCAGUUGUCUGCGGCCUGGGCGUCGGGUGUGGCUCUCAGGUCAAGCCUCGGGCUGCGGGCUGCGCUGCCUGUGCUGCCGUCCCUCGCGGGCCUUUCGCAGGUCGGCGCGCUCCCCUCCAUCGGCGCGCUGCUUCCGGAGCUGGGCCUCCAGACCCCCUCAGCUCAGCAAGUCCUCCCCGUGGUCGCCCCGGCGGUGGUCCCCGGGACGGGCCUGCCGAGGUCUCUGGAGACCGUGCUCGGCGCCACGCCGGCAGCGACAGCAGCCGCGAUGGUCAACGCGGCGGCGGCAGCCGCGCUCGUCGGACCCGAUCAGGUUCAGCAGGCGCAGCAGCAGCGGGCCUUCGUGGAGGCAGUCACCCAGUUGGGUCUCCAGGGCCACGCCUCUCGAGAAACGACCGGCGCGCCGCGUGCAGAUGGCGGUGCAGAGCGUGCAAAGAACAAAGAUGCCGCAGGGGCGACUGAAGAGGAAAAGAGCGGCGCGGCGAGCGCCGCCGAGACGUCCAACGACAGCCGGCUUUUGAGGGAGCUGAGCCAGGUCGACCCGGCGCAGCUCGACCCCGCGACGAACACAGACGCGCACAACUGGUGCUACCUGGACAACGACAAUCAGUGCCAAGGGCCCUUCGAUACCCUGCAGAUGCUCCGCUGGUACGAGCGGGGCUUCUUCGACCCGCAGCGGCCCGUUCGGCGAGAUGACGAGGCCGGGUUCACCCCGCUCAACGACGGCAAGCGCCUGCUGGACGUCGCGCUGCGCAUCGUCAACCUCUCGCGUGUCCUGCGCCCCGUGAGUCGAUUCCCUUCGUGGGGCGUCCACAGCGACAUUCAUAGCGCAGCUGCCUCGCGGAUUCGCGCAGCCUCUUCCGAAUGGACAACAGGGCUCGCUGCGCAAAGUGCUGCGAGUGCGCCGCAACCGCUGAGCGCCUCGCCCUCUCAGCUAGGCGGCUGA